AUCUUCAUUCUCCAAAUUCAUCAAUUAUUCGCAUCUCAAUUUGUUUGUCAAACCCAAUUUAGUAAUGGCCACAAAUCACUUUGUUUUCACCAUAUUUCUCCUUCUUCUCACCUCAUUGUGCUUCAAUAUAGUGGCUCGACCAAUUAAUGUUGCCAAAUCUAUUGAUGAGACAAUGGACAUAUUUAGUCUUGCAGCUAUUAAACAUGGUGGAGGUCCAAGCGCAGGAGGAACGGGACAUGAGUUUCCCACUGUUGAUUAUUUUGGGAAUAUCAAGAAUUCAGGGCCUAGUCGUGGAGGGAAGGGACACGACUUUACAGAUGAUACGAUACUUGGAGACAUCAAAAACUCCGGUCCAAGUCCGGGUGGAAAGGGACAUGGAUUUUCUGAUGCUGAAUCUCUUGGGAACAUCAAGAACUCUGGUCCAAGUGCAGGAGGAAAGGGACACUAAUUAGCUGAGCAACAGUGAGGACCAGGUGUACUUCUAAGAUAGAAAGAGUUUAUCAAUUUAUAUGGUGAGAGUGUUGGAGAUAUGUAGCCUGGCAUAUAUAGCGUAAAUCUUUUGUUAGAGGCAGAUUGAUCGAGAC